UUUAGUUUGAAACAUAUUGAACUUUUAAAAAUCAGUUCCAUUUCGAUUUUGAAAGCUAACAAUACAUUUUUCAGUGCUCGAAAUGAAGAAGAGAAACAGAGACUCACACUCAGAGAAAUGAAAAGAGCGAGGGUGAUAAAGAGAGGAGAGGAGGUUGACAGCAAAUUGUUUACUUUAUUAAUUUUAAGCUUUUGGUAGUUAAAAAAAGAAAAAAAAUAAAUAAAUACAGAAAGAAAUUGUUAUGUGAAUGUGAAUGGCGCGCAUUAAGCUCGUUGUGUCCAUUUUUGGUGAGUGGGUGGUGCUGUUAAUUUGAGGGGGGACUAGAGGACAGAGGGGAAUGAGGAGUGGGGAGUGGGGUGGGUGGAUUUCAUGGGGAGGGCUGCCAAGUUGGGGUUGCACUACCCCAUAACGUACCCCCGCAAAACUCACAUCCAGACACACGAUCUAAUGUAUCUAUAUGCAUAGUAGAUAGCGCGAUAUAUCGAGUCGUUAUCGUUUUUGUGGCUUUUGUUGCCAUUGCCAUUACUAUAGCCAUUCAUAGUUGUCGCUGGUGUUGACGGCAUCGAAGAUUGUACAAUUGUUUUUAUUAGAUAACAAGCAAAUUGGUAUUUAAAACGGAUCGCAAUCCAAAACCAAGCCCAGCCAGAUGGAAAUAUAAAGAUAACGAAAGAUAAGACAAAGAGUGCUCUCUGAUAAAAGGUAGGAUGUAAAUGAAAAAUUAAAUGUAAAUAGCAGACCCAAGGAAUAUAGGAAAUCUUUUAUAAAGAAAUGUUUCAAUCUUAAAUUGAUUAGUGCUUCCUAUAAAUAACUUUUUCUGUACUCAAAUAGCAAGUCGCAUUAAAUAAAGAAAUAUCACACAUACGUCAUAACUGGCUGAUCUAUAUAUAUAAUAAUAAUACAAUAGGAACUAAGGAAAGAAAGUUCGAUGAAGACUAUUUCAGUAAAUCGGAAACAUUGGAAAUAAUGAUUUAUAAAUAGCAUUGGUCACUGUCUUUCAAACAAUAAUCAAUAAUGCUAAAGUAAAAUUAAAAGGAAACAUUGUCAGGUAACUUUAACUUAACUUGGACUUGGAUCACCCAAGUAUUUAGUAAAACACCAUUGCCCUUAACGGCAAGAAAUAAGUACUCAUUUAGUACAAGCCCUUGCUGAGAAUUAGUACUAGAUUUCAAACACAUCCACUCAUAUAUCCUAUACCAACUAUUUGGUAUGAGGUUGUUAGCCUUUCGUAGAACUGAACCACAUAAAACCCUUUUCAAGUUAAAACCUGAUCGGCAUUACAUUGAUUGAUCAACCUUAAGUUUAGAAUACUCUGUAGUUAGCGAACCAGUGAAUGUUCUGGAAGAACUGAUACACUCGAAACCCUUGUCCCACUUACAUACACUUAGUAUUCAAGCCCUUGCAUGGGCAACCCCUGACUUUGGUUUGGAAUUAGAUAAGCCAAAUAUAUAGUAGUCGAUCGUUAAGUAGUACCCUAAGCGUUACGAUCUAUACUUGAUAUGGGUAGUACCAAAGUUCUUCAGACAUGUGGUUGCUACUGAUGUUGCUGAUGUUGCUGUUGCUGUUGUUCGUGUUGCUGCUGUUAUUGUUUUUGUUUUUGUUAGUCUUGCUGUUGUUACUUCGUUAUCGCCUCGCGACGACGGCGUCAACAUUUGCAAAUGACGUCAAAUGUUAUAAAGAAAUUUCAGUUCGUAUAUGUAGGUAUAUAUGGUAGGAGAUAUAUACCUAAAUGUAUUGUAUGUACAUACGAAUAUUCGGUAUAGGUAUAUUGUUGCUGUUGCUGUUGCUGUUGUGCACUGGCGUAACUGGAUAGCCGCGUCGCUGGCAUUUCCAUUAUUAUCAUAAUGUGCUGUUCGAUUUGGGUUUCGGAUUGGAUUGGAUUGCCUUGCCCGACUCUGGGCGGUUUCGCUUGUGGUUGCUUGUGGCUGGUUGCUAGUUGCUGGUUGCUGAUUGCUACUAGGUGUUGCUGCUUGCCGGUUGCCGCCAGUUUCCCCAUUUUGCCAGCUUCUAGCUGUUGGAUGCCGCAGAUGGAGCUGCCAAGAUGCCAACACGCUCCGACAAUGCCUACUUAGUUUCUAUAGUCUGUCUUUACUUUUUUAAAUUUUUUUUAUUUUUUUCACUUUUGCGGGCUGUGUUACAUGGCACAUACAUAUAUAUGUAUUUAAUUUAAUCAAUUUUGAUUGAUGUGUGCGCAUUACAGCAGCAGCAGCAGCAGCAGCAGCAACAACAUCAACCCAAAAGCAGUCAAAGGCCAAAAAUCCAGCUGCAACGAAGCGAUAAUACCCUGAUAGAAAAGGGAUUUCGAAUUAUUUUCCCUCCAAAAACUCUAGAGUACAAGCUCUAAAUUAAUUUUGGAAACCCCAAAAAAAGUCUCUCCCUUUUAGACAUUCCUUAAGAACUUUUUUUCGGCUUGUAGGUCUGUAAAUACAUAAUUUUUAGAGCAGCAUCAAAUAUAAUAUGAAGCUUUAUUAGGUCAAAACAAAGGCCAUAUUUUAAAAUACUUAAUGACUAUUGAAACUAAUUCACACGCGAAAAAUGUAAUAUUUGUCAAAAAUUUUUGUUGGAAUAGAUUUUUGUCGUUUGGAAAAUAACAACAAAUUUCGAAGCCUUUUUUUUGGAAUGCCUACUUGAUUUAUUAGGUGUUUACAAUUUGUUUUGUUAUGGUUGUGUAGCUUUUUGUAGCAUUUUGCUUCUUUAUUAUUAUUAUAAGGGUGAAAGCUUAUAUUAAGUGCUCUCAUUUUGUUUAAGAGACAAUCAAUUUAGUGGAUUGUUUAAAGUGUUGGGACUAAACACGAUUUUUGUUAAGGGUUCAACUAAAGGUUACCCAACCUUUGAUUGGAGGGUAUUUGGUUGGUAGGGAGACCCAUUGCUUGGGUUGUUAAUAAGACAGAUGCGGUUUUUAGGCGCGAACAAGUUCGCAAAUAAGCAGAAACCGAAAUGCAGUCCCAGCUCUCCAACUCUCUGACUUCGACUUCUCUAUAAACACAAUCUCUAUCUGCAAUUUUUGAUACCCACACUUGCAGAGGCGGUUGGUUAAUUCGCUAAAGCUAUAAACUUCCACUGAUGCACUUAACCGAGUGCCGUGGGCCAGAUUCCAUGUAAAAUGUCCGUGUGCGCCCUCAAUCCCAAUCAAAAUAAUCAGAAGCCAAAGAACCAGACAACGAGAUUACCGUCCUUGGCAACCGGAAACGGCAACGGCACCGGAAACGGAAGUGGUGUAGCCAAAGCAAAGGGUUCCAUAACGCCACCCACUCCGCCACCCUCGCCACAAGUACGGAUCUACGAGGAUUUCGACAGGAUGAGCGCCAAGGAGGUGUACUAUAACGAAGCGGGCAAGAAGGUCACCGUGAAGCUGCUCCACUUUCCCGAUGUUCCACCUGAGGAGAUAUCCAAGCUGAAAUUCGCAGACGAUGAUGAUGAUGAUGAUGAUGGUAAUGGUGAGGAUGCAAAUGGCGUGAUGGGUGAUGAUGCCGAUGAGGCCGAUGAGGAUAGCGAUACCGGAAGGCGACCCAAUUCGGGGGGCAGUGAGACGGAAACGCAAAAGGGUCAAGGAUCAGAGGCCAUGCCCAGCGCCUCCUCGUCGAAGAAGAUAUUUCGCCGCAAACUCUCCGGCAAUAAUAUGCAGCCCCGGAAGUGCAGCCUAGCCUUUGCCCAGGCCCACGGAAUUCGCCAGCGGGCCGAGAAGAAGCUAUCGAUGCCCACUAUAAGCAUAACGGCCAAUUCGGGCGAACAUAUGGCCCACAAUUGUGGCCUGGGUCGAUUGGGCUUGGGCUUGGGUCGGAAGCUGUCGCAGCAGCACUCGCUGCCCCUGGAAUCGCCCGGUUCACCCGGCUCACCCGGCUCACCCACCACGAACGUGGGUCCGAGGCGAUCGCAUUCACCACUGGGCCAGAGCCUCUGCCCCGGCUACAUCCAGUACUCCAAGUCCCUGCUGGAGGUGCCCAUGCCCCGGGACUACGGGUACGCCAGCAGCGAUGAUCUCAGCUCUGAGUGGGACUCGGAUGUGUCCACUUCGGCGGCCGGCUCGGCAACCGGAUCCGGCUCCUCAACUCAGGCCACAGCAGCCAAGAAGAGCUCCGGCUGGCGGAAGAUCCGCAACAUCGUUCAGUGGACGCCCUUCUUCCAAACGUACAAGAAGCAGCGUUAUCCAUGGGUCCAGCUGGCCGGACACCAGGGCAACUUCAAGGCGGGUCCCGAACCGGGCACUGUGCUCAAGAAGUUGUGCCCCAAGGAGGAGGAGUGCUUCCAGAUCCUCAUGCAGGAUCUCCUCAGGCCCUAUGUGCCCGUUUACAAGGGCCAGGUGACCAGCGAGGAUGGCGAACUCUACCUGCAGUUGCAGGAUCUGCUGAGCGACUAUGUGCAGCCGUGCGUGAUGGACUGCAAGGUGGGCGUGCGCACCUAUCUGGAGGAGGAGCUGUCCAAGGCCAAGGAGAAGCCCAAGCUGCGCAAGGACAUGUACGACAAGAUGAUCCAGAUCGACGGCCACGCCCCCACCGCCGAGGAGCACGCGGCCAAGGCGGUUACCAAGCCGCGAUACAUGGUCUGGCGGGAGACCAUCUCCAGCACGGCCACGCUGGGAUUCCGCAUUGAGGGCAUCAAGAAGAGCGAUGGCACCAGUUCCAAAGAUUUCAAAACGACGAAGUCGCGCGAACAAAUCAAGUUGGCCUUUGUCGAGUUCCUCAGCGGUCAUCCCCACAUUCUGCCCCGCUACAUUCAGCGUCUGCGAGCAAUACGCGCCACUUUGGCCGUAUCGGAGUUCUUCCAGACACACGAGGUCAUCGGCAGCUCCCUGCUCUUCGUGCACGACCAGACCCACGCCAGCAUCUGGCUAAUCGACUUCGCGAAAACGGUGGAGCUGCCGCCGCAGCUGCGGAUCGACCACUACUCCGCCUGGAAGGUGGGCAACCACGAGGAUGGCUAUCUCAUCGGGAUCAACAAUCUCAUCGACAUCUUUGUGGAGCUGCAGGCGGCCAUGGAAGCGGAGGCAUCGUCCAUCCCCACUGCACCAUCGCCAGUUCCUGGCGGCGGCGAUCAUGAGGAUGAGCAGGCGGUGGAAGACAAGCCCUGAUGUGGGUUUUAAGGGGGCUUCGGGGCUGGGCCCCAAGACAAAGACAUUUCCACUUCCACUCCUACUUCCCGAUUCGAUUACUACCCAAAAUUCCUAGUCUAAGCUAACUACUAUAUAUUUUUUUUUUGUUUUUUUUACAACAGUUUGCGUACAUUUAACCCCUUAAGUUUAAAAUCAAAGACUGAAAACACAAUAUGCAUACAUACACAUACAUGUAUGUAUUUUUACUAUAUGAUAUGCGUGUAGGAAAUAUAUAGUCUAGCUUAUGUAUACAUUAUGUGCUGCUGCUGGAACCGCUGUUCUGUAGUGUAAUUUAUUUACAUUUAUUUAUCCAAAAAAUACACUUUUGGCGAAUCCCCGAGAGAUCCGAAUAGCUAGUGCUUGGAGAACACCAUACGCAGGCAUCCAAAACUGUCGAUUGUCGAUCGCAACGAUGGCGAUACGAAAAGUGACCAAGAACACCCAACGCGCAACAAGAGCUUAGUUUUAGACAUUAAUGUACUGGUUAUGCGAAUACCUACUAAAUACUACUAAUUGUGCACUAUUAAAUUCAGUUAAACCAGAA